UGGGGGGCGGCGGCUCGGAGACCGGCUGCUGGGGCGCAGCCUUCAGGGCCUAGUGAGGAGGCGGAGGAGGAGGACGAGGACACCGAGCAGCAGCAGCAGCGGUGGAAGAGCCGGGCGGUGAACGGCAGCCGGCUGCUGGGCUCCGGUGGCAGCAGGGACAAGUACUCGGACUCAGAGGAGGAUGAGGAGGAGCAGGAGGGGGAUGAGGGACCACGGGCCAAGCCGCAGGUAGCGAGGGAGGAGCCUGCGGCCCGCCAGCCCCGGGCCCGCCGGAGCCUGGCCAAGCCUGCCGCAGCCGCAAUGGAGACAGGCCAGGACCGGGCUGGAGUAGAUGGCGGCGCUGGUGUAAUCGCCGGGAAUGACAGGGCGGAGGCGGCGGCUGCCGCUGGGAGUCUAGACAGGGGCAGAAAGCAGCAGCAGCAGGAGGCGGCGGCGCUGGGGGGAGGCGGAUGUGAAAAUCUGGACUCCAGCCCUGCUGUCGCCAGACACAGCAGCAGCUCCUCCAAGAAAUCCCCUCCUGCGCUGCUCCUGCCCCCGCUGGUGGACAUGGACAGUGGGAAAAUCCCCGACUCUCGGGGCUCGCUGAGGAAAGCAGCCAAUAAUCAUGUUCUCAGGGGUGUUGCUGGGGGCUACAGCAUUGAACCCAGGGUCUACUCUGCUACCAACAGCCUUCCUCCCGGUGCUGCGGCCACCGCCUCCUUUAGACUCAAUCACACCAACCACACGGGCUCCAAUCACACCUACCUGAAAAACACCUACAAGCGAAACCUUUCUGAGCCGGAGGAGGAGCUUCUCCAGCAGUUCAAGAGAGAGGAAGUAUCUCCCACUGGGGGAUUCAGUGCACAUUACCUGUCCAUGUUCCUCCUAACCGCCGCCUGCUUGUUCUUUCUGAUACUGGGACUCACGUACCUGAGGAUGCGGGGAUCGGGAGUCCCUGAGGAUGGGGACCUUAACAUUAAAUAUCCAUUCAGUGGAGAGCUUGACAAAAUAAAACCAAGUGAGAAGAGUCUCAUGAUGAACAGUUUAUAUAAACUUCACGAGAGAUUGGCGCAAGUAGCAGGAGAUCAUGACUGUGGCAGCCCUGUUCGGAGAAAUCUUACCGUCCAGGAUGCAGCUGUAUAUUUAAAAAGUUUAGGUCCAGACUAUGAAGAUGUGCUUAAUACAGCAUUGCAUUGGAUUUUGAAUAAUGGGGAAGAUGUUGGAAUAAAGUGCAUCGGCGAUGACCCAAACGAGGAAUUAAUUAAUAUAACAGAUGUGAAGUACUUGGAAUCUACUAGUCCACAGAUGUCUUUUAAGUGUCGUUUUCGACGUGCAUUUAUUAAUGUAACUCACAGAUUAUCAAUAUUGCUUUUGGGUGUGGGGAUGGUUUGGGGAGUCUUGCACUACAUGAAAUAUCGCUGGGCAAAAGAGGAAGAGGAGACCAGGCAGAUGUAUGAUAUGGUGGUAAAGAUUAUAGAUGUUUUAAGAAGUCACAAUGAAGCGUGUCAGGAAAAUAAAGACUUACAGCCAUAUAUGCCUAUUCCACAUGUACGCGAUUCCUUAAUACCACCUCAAGACAGGAAAAAAAUGAAGAAGGUUUGGGAUAGAGCAGUUGACUUCCUUGCUACAAAUGAAUCUAGAGUUCGCACAGAGACGCGAAGAAUAGGUGGUGCUGAUUUCUCUGUCUGGAGAUGGAUACAGCCAUCCGCAGCAUGUGACAAAAUUUUAGUUAUACCAUCCAAAGUAUGGCAAGGCCAAGCAUUUCAUUUAGAUAGAAGAAAUUCACCACCAAACAGUUUGACGCCAUGUUUAAAGAUUCGCAAUAUGUUUGACCCAGUCAUGGAAAUAGGGGAUCACUGGCAUUUAGCAAUUCAAGAAGCAAUCCUGGAAAAAUGCAGUGAUAAUGAUGGAAUUGUUCAUAUUGCUGUAGACAAAAAUUCACGCGAGGGUUGUGUAUAUGUCAAGUGUCUAUCUCCAGAAUAUGCUGGAAAAGCUUUUAAGGCAUUACAUGGCUCUUGGUUUGAUGGAAAGCUGGUAACAGUAAAGUAUCUACGACUAGAUCGAUAUCAUCAUCGCUUUCCCCAGGCUCUUACUUGCAACGCUCCGUUGAAGCCAUCAAACAAACACAUGAACUCUAUGUCACAUCUUCGUCUUCGGACAGGCACAACUAACUCUCAGGGAAGUUCCUGAGAAGACUUUCUACAACUCUUAGGACUGUUACUUGCAGCAGGAAAAUUCCUGUUUGGCUGCCGUCUUCCUUUUUUAGUGCUUUUUGUAUGUAAUAAUUUCAUUGAUCAAAUAAAAGUCUGAGCGUUCCAGAAAUCUUGUUUCCAAAGGGACUUAGCAAUGAGGCAGUAAUACUGAGCUGACAAAACAGUUGCUUCAGGAAGUUUUUGGAAUUGAAGUAAACCAGUGCAUUUACAAUUUGCAUGAGGAACACUGAAUUUAUUAAAUAUUUUCAGAUAUGGUGACUGUAUUUUUGCACCAAGAAGUGUUUUGAUAGAAUCCAAAAGCAUGGAGAAGAGAAGACUUCCUGUGUUUCCAUAGUUUCCUGUGAAAUGAUCUUGUGGGUAUUUUGUAACAAACCACCUACAGUUCCUGAUGACAAAUACUUAAAAACAAAAAAACAAAAUUGUUAAUUUUUCAGUCUAAUCUUAGUUUCUGUUGCUGUAAAACAUUCAUUUGCUGCAGUUGGGGUAUGGGAAAAUUUAAUUUGGCUUCAGUGGUUGCAUAUAAGUGUGAGCGGAAAAAGAAAUUGAAUGCAGAUGUACUGGUUUUUGUACAUAAAUGUAAAUGCUGGUGGUGGCAAAAGUGGUCUUGUUCUGUGAGGAUGUCUGCAUUUAAAGCAGUGAAUAAGCUUCCUAUUUUAUUCAUAACCUAAUGUUUUAUAUGUGUUUGGUUGUACUAUCCCAUAAAGGUCAAACAGCCAAACCUUUAAAGUAUUAGAUACAAGUUAAAUAUCUUUUAUAGGUUUUAUAUUAAAAUAUUUGACUAUGAUUUUGUGUGAAAGUCUGAUACCAGUUGUAAUGAAUUCAAAUUUACAUGAGCAAUAAAGAAGCAAUUGGCAGAUACUGGAAAAAUGUUUUGUGAAAAGCUGUAUUUAUUAUAAAUACCAGGACUGUGACAAAGUACCAUUGGGAUUAAGUAACUUUCCCAAUAUAAUUUAAAUUUUUAAUUAACCAGUCAAUUGUUAAAAUUAAAAAGGGCACACAUUUUUACAACAAUUUUGGUUAAUAAAAGCUAGAUAUAUAGCUAAGCAUACAAGCGAUGAUAACUCUUGUGUUUCAGUAUUAUAAAUUUAUCUAUUAUCAUUUAUGUACUUAUCAGCUACAAUUUUGUAGUUACUAAGUUUAGUUGCAAAUCUAAGUCUAUUGGGUACAUGAAUCCCCUAUUUAAAUGAGAUAAUUUUAUUUAAUUAUCCAGCUGAAUACUGCAUAGGUGGAGAGACUGGGAGUUGCACCAGUUCAGAUAAAUUUAUUAGAAACUCACUAAUUUUUUUGUAGAUAUGAUGGAUUUGUAGCAUGGACUUGCACAAAUAUGCACGUUUUUCUUACGGUUAAGUAAACAUGAUGCACACUAUUCCGCAACAGAAAAUCCUACUGUGCCUUACCUUUGUGCUUUUGUGGGCACCAUGUUUAUUAUCAGAGGGUUUGUUACCUGAAAAAUUUUAAAAUUCUCAGUUUUGUCUCAGAUGCUAAUGAAUGAGUAUAUAUAAUAUAUAUAAUCAGCCAUGCAAAAUUCUACUCACCAAGGACAAGUACAUAUUUUUGAUGGGUGAGUAGAUUGUGCUAGGUCUGGUAGAUUUUCAUGAAUUUUACUAUAUACAUAUAUGUAUAAUAUACAUGUAUAUGUAUUAUAUAUGUAUAUAAACUGAUUUUGCUGUAAUUGAUGUGCUUCGUAGUGAUUUGUUGACCUGCUAUUUAGUGACCCCAUCUUGUGACCUGUUACAAGAGUGAAUGUAAAAGUAGUUGUGGCAUUUUAAAAGGUUGUCUUUUGAUGCAGAUGAAUCUUUCUUCUAAAAUUAUAUUUCUUGUAAACACUGUACAUUUUAUUAUUGUAAUAUGUACUAUUAUGCAGCUUCUUUUACCUAAAACUGUUAAGUUGACUAAUCCCUCACUGCAAGACAGAUGGGAAUGUGUGUAAUAUCUGGACAUUCUGAGAGAGAUCAGAUGUUUGAUGUAAUUUGUCACCUGUCCUGUAAGAGAAACUACAAAACAAACAAAACAAACCUAAACUAAUUAAAGGUUUAUUAGGGGUUUUUAUAUA